AUGUGGCGCGCCAGUAUUGCCCUGUUGCUACUUGCUUGGCACGCAUCGGCAUGGUACUUACCUGGGAGUGCGCCGCGCUCUUUCCGUGAGGGCGAUGCCGUGCCUAUUCACGUGAAUACCCUGCAGCCCAUGUCGGGUGCGACCCCCGUGCAUGGCUUGGUGAGCUACGACUUUUACGAUGAGCGUCUGGGCUUUUGCCGGCCGGAAGGCGGUAUUCACGCUCAGAAAGGCGGACUAGGAAGUGCCUUGUUUGGUGACCGCAUUUACAAUAGUGCCGUGACACUUGAGAUGCUGCAUGAUAAACAGUGUGUACCGCUGUGCAUGACGACCGCGAAUGCUGAGCAAGCCGCGUUUAUCAAUGAGCGCAUUAACGAGAGGUACGCUGUCAACUGGAUGGUCGAUGGCCUGCCUGUGGCCGAUAUCGAUAUGACCAAGAACGACGGCACGCUUCGUGCCAACUCGAUUGGUUUCGCGCUGGGUACCGUCCUGGAUGCCAAUGGCCACCAUCUUUCGCCGCCCGCGUUGUACAACCACUAUGAGCUGAACGUAUCAUACCAUGAGCGUGCGCCAGGUGAGUACCGCGUUGUCGGUGUGAAUGUGCGUCCGAUGUCGAUCGAUUCUUUGGCUGCCGCUGGGUCGCAAGGCACGCCAUCGUGCCAGGUGCACGAGCCCAUGUUCCUCCAGCCUGAUACCACCACGCCUGUGGCAUAUACAUACAGUGUUGUAUGGACCCAGAGCAACACACCAUGGGCUACGCGCUGGGAUGCGUACUUGCAUGUGGUCGAUCCUCGCAUCCAUUGGUACUCUCUGUUGAACUCCAUUGCAAUUGUGGCCUUGCUCUGCGUCAUGGUCGCCUUGAUUAUGGCGCGGGCUGUACGUCGUGAUAUUUACCGCUACAAUGCCAUUGACCUUACUGAGGAUAUCCAGGAAGAUUACGGCUGGAAGUUGGUGCAUGGUGAAGUGUUCCGUCCGCCUGCGUCGCCUGUGCUUUUGAGUGUUAUGGCAGGGGCUGGAGCGCAGCUCGGCGCUAUGGCCACAGUGACGCUGUUCUUUGCGCUGCUUGGCUUCCUGAGCCCCUCGAACCGUGGCUCGUUGGGCACGAUUAUGAUCGUCACGUGGACCUUGUUUGGUAUUGUGAGCGGGUGGGUCAGUGCGAAGGUGUAUGCGAGCUUUGAUGGCGCGCAGUGGCGUCGAACGAUGUUCCUCAAUGCCACCUUGUUCCCUGCGAUGGUCUUUGGCCUGAUGAACUUACUGAAUUUGGUGCUCGUGCUCAACCAUUCGUCGGAUGCUGUGCCCUUCGGCACGCUGCUAGCUCUGCUAGCCAUGUGGUGCUUGAUCCACAUCCCUCUUUCGCUGGUCGGCUCGUACUUGGGCCUCAAGUCAGGCGGACUGGAGCAUCCUGUGCGUGUGAAUCAGAUUCCGCGACAGAUCCCCCCGGUCCCGUGGUACCUGCAACUCUGGCCUUCGGCACUCCUCGCCGGUCUCUUGCCCUUUGGAGCUGCAUGGCUGGAGCUCUUUUUCAUUAUCAACUCGCUGUUUGGCAACCGCGUGUAUUAUGCCUUUGGCUUCCUGACACUGACCUUUAUCGUGACGGUGGUCACGACGGCGACUGUGUCGAUCCUUACAUGCUACUGCCACCUCUGCGCAGAAGACUACCGGUGGCACUGGCGCUCUUUCAUUACGGGUGGUGCGAGUGCCUUUUGGCUCUUCCUCUACGGCUUGUUCUUCUGCGUGACACGUCUCAACUUGCCCGACUUUUCGAGUCAAUUCCUCUUCCUGGGCUACUUACUGAUUCUCACCGCCCUCGACUUCUUGCUGUUCGGCUUUGUAGGCUUUGCAGCUUGCUAUGCAUGCGUUCGCCGCAUGUAUCAGCACAUUCGUGUAGACUAA